AUGGAAAUCGCACGUGAAGAAUUGGAGAAGCAGCAGCCGGACCAGGCAAUUCUCACUCGUAAGCUACAAACUAUUCAGCAGUUAACAGAAGAGGCAGAGCACUACGCAGGUCAAGUUCUCGACCACUACGUACUGAAUAAUAUGGAAGACAAGUUUCGACAGAGUAGAAAGAAGUGGCGAGAAAUAAAUGAAAAUUCAGUGGAGAUGAUCUUGCGAAUCAAGACGGCGAUCUCAAUUCCUAGUCGACCAGGAUCGCCAACCGGAAGUGCUAAUAGUUUAACUUCGAGUGGAGGUGAAAGAAAAAUAAAGUUGCCCAAAUGUAAUUUACAAAAGUUCGACGGGAAGAUGAGAAGUUGGCUGGGAUGGUGGGCACAUUAUGAACAGAUUCAUAACGACCAGUCAUUAUCAGUUCCCGACAAAUUCCGCUCCCUGGUUCAGUCCAUGGAAAGUGGAACGGAAGCAGCAGAAAUCGUAGCAAGUUUCCCGAAACUUCCCGAAAAUUAUCCGAAAGCGGUCAACAUGCUAACACAAAAAUAUGGAAAGAAGGACAUGCUGGUGGCCAUGUACAUGACGGAUUUGGCAGAGCUGCUGUUCAAUCAGGACAAGAGGUCGAUUUCAAAAUUCUUUAUGGCGCUCCAAACUCAAUUACAGAAUUUGGAGUCAAUCGGAGUCAAGUCGGAGGAGGCGUCGCAAUAUCUUCUCCCCAUGAUCGUGAAAAGUUUGCCAAAGGAGACACUCACAACGUGGUUCCGUUCUCCUCUCUCAAAAUUGGAUGGGUCAAUUCUCGUUCCACCAAAAUCAAAACUAGAAUGUUUGCUCGAGUUUUUGAGUGACGAAGUAGAAAGUGAAUGGAAGAUUGAGAUGGCAAGUGGGGAAAAGGAGAAAAAGAAAAGCGGGCAACGUCAUUCUCCAAAGAAAGCAAGUCAAAAGGAUGAAAUCGCGACAGCAGCUGGACUCAUCUCCGCAAAUCAGGCGUCAAGUUCGUGUAUUUUUUGUGGUAAAGGUCAUCUCAGCAAUUUGUGUUAUGCGGCUCAGAAGAUGAACUAUAAGGAGAAAGAAAGUCGGAUUCGGGAGAAGAAAGUUUGUUUUUCAUGCUUCAAAUUUGGACAUCGAGCUGCAGCGUGUAAAGCCAAAAUUCAGUGCGGAAUUUGUAACAAGCAUCAUUAUAGUCUCAUGUGCUACCAUCAUCCUUCUAAUAAGAAUAUGGAAGUGAAUAGUGCAAUGAAGGAUGAGGGCCAUGAACAAUUUGGAGGACUGCAAAGCGGGUCGUCGAGCGCCAUGGCGAGUCAAGAAUGUUCGGGCACCGUACUCUCGCGACCUUUGCUAGUUCGACUCUACGACAACCGUGGCGGAUACAGAGUAGCAAGAUUGCUCUUCGACGGAGGAGCUCAUCGCACGGUCGUCCGGAAAGAUACAGUGAAAAGGUUGGGGUUGGGAUCAAUUGGGGCAUUCAAACAGUCAAAGAUGGUCUACAGAGGAGGAGUUACAAAGGAAUUGCUCCACCACAACUACCAACUCAAAAUUGGAGAUUUGAGUGGACGCCACAUCCGUACCCUCGUCGCACAUGAUGAAGAGGAAAUUGUGGGAUUUAUUCCGCGCAUACCGCGAGGGGAAUGGAUGCAACAACUCGCACAGAAGCAGAUUUCAAUCCCGGAUUUCCACUCCAGCAAUCCAGAAAUAGAAGUUUUGGUCGGAAAUGAUUAUGAAGGAAUGAUGAUGACCGGCCGCAUUGAAUCUCUUGAGUGUGGAGUCACCGCCAUUCAGUAUGUCUGGGGGUGGGCGUUAUCCGGGAGAAGACCAGUGGGGGUAAAUACAGCAGCAGUGUCACUCUCCCUUGUCUCAUGUCAAGCGUCCAUCACGUCACUUUGGAGUCUCGAGAGUUUAGGGAUCACAGAUCCAGCCGAAGUGAAGAGCAAAACGGAAAGAGAAGAGGACACUUUGAGAAAAUUCGGAGAAAGUGUGACACAAAAGGCGGACGGUCGUUUCUCAGUUCGUCUUCCGUGGAUAGUGGAGAACCCUCAAAUUCCGGACAACCGAUUUAUAGCAGAGAAGAGGCUGUUGUCCGGAACGAAGAAAUUAUUAGAAAAGAACAAGAUCAGAGAAUACGGAGCACUGUUCAAGCAAUGGGUGGAGGAAGGAUUUAUCGAGGAGGUCAGCACUCAAGACGACGUAGGCAAGAAAAUAGGAGUGCAUUAUCUUCCCCACCAUCCAGUUUUCAAACCGCAGAGCUUGACCACCCCCGUACGCCCAGUUUUCGACGCCUCAUGCAAAACUGGACGAAACCCAUCACUCAACGACUGUCUCGAGAAAGGGCCCAACCUACUCGAGCUCAUCCCCUCCCUCAUUUUGCGCUUCCGGGAAAAGAAGAUUGGAGUCAUGGCCGACAUCCGGAAGGCUUUUCAGAUGCUCGAGGUGGAUCCAGUGGACAGAAAUUAUUUGAGAUUUCUGUGGUGGGAGGAUGACGAGAAGAGGACAGAAAUCAAGCUCUUCCGUCAUUGUAGAGUUGUCUUCGGAGUCAAUAGUAGUCCAUUUCUCUUGGGUGCUGUCAUCGGGACACAUCUCAAGACCACCGUUCCAGAGUAUCAAGAAGUAGCGAAGAAAGUGGCGAAAUCUCUCUACGUGGACAAUCUCGUCACGUCAGUGGACACGGUGGGAGAAUUAGAAGAAUUGAGGAGCAAGUCAGUCCAACUUCUCGCAGCAGCGAAGAUGGAGCUCCGCCAGUGGGAGUGUAGUGAGUGCCAAACUGGACCUGGCAGCGACUACAUCUCUCACUCGGUAACGAGCGUCCUGGGGAUGAAGUGGGACAAGAAGGAGGACUAUUUGUUUGUGAGUAUUCCGAAGAAUGAGCUCCCAGCAGUGAUCACAAGAAGGACACUCUUGUCGCACACACAGAGUGUUUUCGACCCGAUGGGAUAUUUGAGCCCUGCCACAAUCAUCCCGAAGAUAUUGUUACAAGAAUCGUGGAAAGCUAGCAAAUCUUGGGAUGAACAUUUGGAUGAGAAGAUUGAGAAAGAGUUUAGAGAGUGGUGGGGGCAGAUCGGAUCAAUGGAGAAAGUGCAUAUCCCACGUAACAUCAGAGUGGACGACGGUGGGAGCAUAAGGUGUCAUUUAUUACAAGGAAAGUCAAGAGUAACUCCAAUUCGACCAACCACCACAAUUCCAAGACUGGAGUUAAUGGGAUGCGUCAUCUUAGCAAGAUUGAUGUCGACAGUCGUGGUGGCGAUGUCAUUACAGUCCGUAGAGAAGUAUUUUUGGAGUGAUUCAACCACUGCCCUGGCAUGGGUGAAACGGAACAAGGAGUGGGGGACCUUUGUGGGAAAUCGUGUAAAAGAAAUCUGCAAAUUGUCAUCCCCAAACGAGUGGUCACACAUAGCCGGCCCACUCAACCCAGCGGACCUUCCAUCGAGGGGUUGUUCCCCAACCAAAUUAGUAGACAGUCGAUGGUGGGAGGGACCCGAGUGGUUGUCAAGACCUCAAGAAGAAUGGCCGGUCAGUGAGGAAGUUGCAAGCGACGAGGCGGUAGAAAAGGAGAAGAAGAUUGGCGUCUCACUUGUGUCAGUGGAGGCAACAAUUCCAUGGUACGCAAGGAGAUACUCACUCGCCUCCCGUAACAUACGGCUAGUGGCCUGGAUCCUACGAUUUGUGUCAAGAUGCAAACGAGCUACAAAAGAGGCGGGUAAUCUCUCACAAAAAGAAUUAUGGAAAGCAGAGAAAGUUGUGAUGAGUAUGAUCCAGUCAGAAGUAUUUAGUAAAGAAGAGUGGAAGAAUAAAGCUCAACUCAAAAUCAAGAGAUCCGAGGAUGGACUACUGGUCGUCGAGACAAAGUUAGUAAAUAGUGAAGAAAUGAGUUUGUACAAAUUCCCAAUACUGCUCCCCCAUUCGCACGAGUUUGUGGCUCAGCUAAUUAGAGAAGAACACUUACGCCACGCACACGGAGGGAUUCAGUUUCUCAUGGGAAAAUUGAGAGAGAAAUAUUGGAUCAUUCAGUCUCGUCGGGCCAUCAGGAAGAUUGUGAAUAGAUGCGUGAAGUGCAGGAGGUUUGCUGCAAAAAGUCAAGACGUUGAGUCAGCACCACUUCCGAGGAAUCGUAUUCUGGACGCCGUCGACCACAUUAUUAUUUUCCCGGGGCGUCAUAAUCUCGCUGAAAUGUAUAUUUUCACAGAUCUCGUACUUACUUCACUCUUGCUAACUUGCGCCAUAGUUAAGUAG